AUGUCUCUGCAUUACCUUCCUCCUGUCAAGCCGUCGGCCAUUGCUCUUGGCACCGUCUUCAACCACGGCAUCGAGCUCGCCGUCCUCUCCCCCGUCUUCGGCCAGACGUACCAGCGCGCCAAGCAGGCCAACACCAAGGAGGAGUUCAUCCGCUCCAAGGAGGCUAGCGGCGCCGCCGCCGCCUGGGGCACCUCGUUUGUCGGCUCCGCUCUGCAGAGCUACAGCGUCGGCGCCCUCAUCAACGCCACCGGCACCCUGAGCUACAAGGGCGCUGCCUACCUCGGUGCCCUCAUCUUUGCCGCCACGGCCGCUCCUACUUAUCUCGCCCAACUCUUCACUGAAAAGAGGCCCCUCGACACCGUCGGUGUCAGCGUCGCCGCCAAACUCUGCGAGACUGUUGGCCUGUCCAUGUUCCUGACCUGGUGGGGAACCCGCACGAACCCGUUUGACUAA